AGGUCUGCUCAGUACAGAACGUGUGUGCUAGUUUCACUAUGCCAGUGUAAGAGAGAGAGCACGUCUGCUAUAGCUUUAAAACAGCCAUGUGUGAGUUAGCUAUCUUAACAACUAAAGCAGAGCUAUUAUAGCCGAUAUAUUUCACCAUAUACUCAGGUGACAAAUUUUGUGCUGAUUUUUCUCCGAAGUUUUUACGGUGUGAAACAUGUAAUCGGGAUUUUUUUUGGAAUACGUCAGUGUGUUUACUAUGGAGAUAGGAGCUGGUACAUGAGCAAUACGACGGGUGUUUAUAAAGUUGUACAAUGACCCAAUGUUUGGGACUACCCGGCCAUGUAUGGAAGAUGCCUUGGCUGUUACAAUAUGUAGUGGUUUUGCUUCCUCUGGCGAUGUCAAUGGUUUCAUUCGUGGAUAGUGGCAGAAGACUGCCCCCAAUUUACUGGAAUUCCUCAAACACACUAUUUCGUCGACGUGAUAGUUCAAUACAUGUCCAACUCAAUGAUAACAUAGAUGUUAUAUGUCCUGACUACACUGACAUGAAGGAAAGUCCAGAUAAGUGGGAAUACUACUCCAUAUUCUUGGUUUCAAAGGAAGAAUAUGAAAGCUGUACAAUAAUAAACCCUAAAUCAAGAAAUGUAACACAAAUUAGAAACUGUUCCACACCUGGGGAGGUGAGCCAACCCUUCACGUUACUGAUACUAUCCUUCCAGCCGAUCCCCAACCUACCUGACUUCGCGGAAGGGAAAAAGUACUACAUGAUAUCCACAUCUACAGGAACACAGAAUGGCAUAAAUAACCAGGUGAACGGCUCCUGUUGGACGAGAAACAUGCGUCUGAUUUUAGAUCUGACAGUGAGACCUACAACAGCAUCACCAAUGCCACAUACGUCGCAUACAUCGCCAACUAACAGGACAUCAUCAACGACGUCCACUCCACAUCCAACAACCACCACGAAGUCUACAACCACACCUACAACUACAAAACCACCAACAACCACCACCAAAAAGCCAACGAGCAAAUUUCCAGAUGGAACUCCAGUGGACCCCAAUAUAGUGAUAGAAGCCCCUGGUGGGGAGAAAAACACCGGCAUUAUCAAUGCAGGGGUGGGCCAAGUGCAAGCCAGUGUUACUGUGACUUUUGUGUUAGCCCUUGUGACGUUUGUACUACUACUAGUACGAUAGUAUUAGCCAAAAAUAAUUAAAUUGACAAAGCAUUCAUAGUGAUGUCACACAGUCAAAAAGUUACACAUAAUUAAUACGCUGUCCCCAGGAUUUCAUAGCGUUAAACCACGUCCUCAUUUCACGGCACUCACAACGAAGGUCACGACCUUCCUCCUGACCUUCCUCCUUCGUUAUCACCACUGCUCCAGUGUCAAAAGGUCAUGAAGUCAACGCAUGAUGAGGCUAUAUAGCUAUAUAGUCAUGGUCAUCACUGGUGCCAGCAAAUGUUUGAACACUGUUUCUAGUAGAAACAAAAACAAUGUUGUCACCAAUUCUGCUUAUUCCACAUAAUGGGAGAUUGUAUUUCCUCCGAACUGUCUGCAUCACAAAGUGGAAUCAUUUCUAGGACCUGGAACCUGAAUUGUCUUGUUCACCUAUUGUGGAAUCUUCUCCAUUACCUGGGGAUAUCAUUGAGCAGGUUUCAUUGCUGGAGAACUUUCUUGUUCAGCCGUGUGUGACUGCCAUCUGUGUACAUAUCACCAUGGUUGCGCCAUGGCACAUGAAUGUGAGCUUCAUCAGGACUAGCCAAUCAAAUGUCAUCAUUUUCAUCAGACCUAAGCUAUUGCAGUUUAAAAUGCAAUCAAUUUCCAAUGUCAUGUAAGUUGUUCAUUUGAUGAUGUUGUGAUCUUCAUUUUCAUCGCCUUUAAACACCGAGAUAUUUUCAAUGAGGAUUCACAAUUUCAUCAUUCAAUUAGACUUCCAACAUCCUCAUCGAAUUGGAUACAAACAUUCACCACUGGAUUAUGACUGUAUAAGAAAGUAGAAUUGAGAGGGACCUGUUCUCUCAUCCAUCAAUGUUGGAAGGAACUUGAUACAUGUGUGUGGUAGUCUACACCGAUGAACUCUUUUAUUUUGAUUUUGUUCAUAUCCUGCUGUGAUUUUUGUUGUGAUCUGAGAAUUUUGUUUAAACAGCAGAAUAAUGUUGUCUUCAUGAUGUAGCAGUCUAAGAUAGUCCCAGAAUAUAAUCUCAGCUUCAGUAAUUAUCUCCCCUUGGCUUAUAUAUAUAAAUCAUGAAUUUAACAAUGCGGUAGCAUAUUAAUAUAACAAUAUUGUGAACAAGCUGUACUUAAGUACAGUGUAGAAUCAGAAAAAAUAAUCUUUGAAGAAUAAAUUUGAUGAUAGGAUCAGAGAUUGGAACAGGGAGGAGGGGAGACAAGUCUAAAUACUUGUAAUGAAAAAAACUCCAGUUUUACACAAGUCAUCUUCAUCUGUGUAAAGACAUCUGGAGAUGUAAAGAGAUGCUUUAUUUAAUGAUCUGAUAUAUGUAUUAUGAUUGAUGGAUCUGUUGUUUUAAAAGUUAGACCAUGCAUUCCACUUUCCUGACUUCAAAUUACCUUAAAGGCUUACCAGUACGUUUGCACAGACAUUACCUGUACAGAUAACAUUUACCCAGUCAACACCUGUACAGGUAACAUUUACACAUCCUACACCUGUACAGGUAACAUUUACACAGCCUAUACACCUACACAGGUAACAUUUACACAGCCUAUACACCUACACAGGUAACAUUUACACAGCCUACACGUGUACAGGUAACAUUUCGUAGUCAACAGACAUUGCCUUUCAAAUAUCAUUUCCAGAUUACCUCGUCAGUUUCAUAAAAUGUAAAGUUUUACAUUAUAAUUUAGUGUCAACUAAUGAAUAUUCAUAAUGAUAAUUAGCUUUUGAUUAUUCGUAAUAAUCAUAAAUGUCAACUUAUGAAUAUUUAUGUAUAUAUUCUUUUUUACAGUGUUCAUAAAACAUAUCAUAUAUUGUAUAUUGUCAAAUGUUGGUUGUUUUCUCUUAUGAUGGACCAGUUUAGAAAAAUAAUCAUAUAAAAUUGUUUGACUUGAAAAAACAAACUUUGUAGAGAUUGAUGGAUUUUUUAUGAACAAUAGCUCGAUAAUGGAUUAAAUGAUACAAAAUCUGAAAACAUAAGUCUAGUGUAACUUACAAUUGAUAUUAGAUUAUAAAAGAUAUUUUGAGAUCUGAAUUUUUUUGGGGUAAUAUAUAGAAUGAUUUGUCUAAAUAUUUGUUUCCUUAUUACAGUUUUACUCUUUGUCAGAUAAAAAUACUAGUUUUCUAGAUAUAAUAUAAUUUUACUGAACUGAAUCGACAUUCAGUAAUUAAGGUUACUUUAGGGAUUCUUCUACUUUAAAACUAAGUCAGUAACUUGAAAACAAUUAAGCUUGACAAGUGCAUUACAUAAAGUAAAGCCAAUGCAACCGUAAAAUGAUAUUACCUAUUAUCAUUGAUAUAAUGUGCUGGAGGGUCUGUUUCUGAUUGGAGAUUGAUAAGGUGCUGUGUCAGAUGCUGAUGAAUGGUCAAUAUAUGUACAUAUACAUUAAUUUGAAUGUUACAAAUGUUCAGAUCAAUUUCAUACAUAAAUAUUCAGAUAUAGGUAAUAUUCAUGUAAUUAAUAUUCAACAAUGUACAUGUAAUUACCAUAUAUGAAUAUUCACAUAUUGAUAAGCAUGUGAAUAUUCAAUCAUGUAAUUAUCAUACAUGAAUAUUCACAUAUUUAAUAAUAUUCAUGUGAUGAAUAUUCAACCAAGUAAAUAUCACCAUGUGGUUAUUUAUAUUAUUCUUCCUGUUACUGAAUCAUUAAUCAUAAAAACAAAAAUCUCAAAUUGCUCACAGAACCAUUUUGAGUUGUGUACCGAUCCCUUCUCUGUAAUAUAUGUGUGUUACGUUGUUGUUUAUGUUAAGUGAAGAUGGUUUUCACUCUAAAAAUUCAAUGUUAUGGAUAAAUGAAUAUGCAUAAUUAUAUUUAAUCGAGACAAUAACUGAUUAUAUCUUACUCUAUCCUCAAAAUUGGGUAAAUUUGGUGUUAAACACAUUUCAAAUACUUUUAAAAAUGUCAUAUUCCUAUGGAUUCAUGAGAAUUUUCAUUGAAUGUAAUACAUAUAUAGUACAGAUUUUAUAUAUUCGAGAAAAGAAAAACAUUAAAAUUUCAAAUAUUCUCAAGCAUGAUGACCCUUGUCAUACAAUAAUGAGCGACAAUGGGUAAUUAAGUUAAAUUACAAAUGAUUGUGAAUUUGUUUUAUUCUUUUCUCAAUGAACUUACCAUAAUACUUCCAUAAAUUGAAAUAUCAGAAGUUGGAUUGAAAUGUUUUCCCAUAACACCGGAAAGUCAUCCAGCUCUUAUUUAACCUCAGAUGUUUUUAGUUAUUGUUUCCAUCAAAUAUAUAUUAAAAAGUAAUUUUGACAUGAUGAAAAGCAAUAUAUAUAUAUUGGCAUGCAGAGUUAGACACUGUGGAUGUGUUGUGUACCAUGUGAUAGGGGCAUGUCUAACUCAUUAUUUAUCAAAGUGUGCUGUUUUGUCUGCUAAUCUGAACAAAUUGUACAAAAGUUUUUCAAAUGAAAAAUGUUGUAGAUAUCUCUGUACAGUUGUAAUUAUUGUGUAGUUUGUAAAAUAAAACUGAUGGAAAACACAGUCGACCACGAGCAGUGUGAAAGUAUGUGUAUCAUCACGGUAAACAACGUACAACUAUUUUUUUGCGAAGAGUUUGUUGCUUUGAUAUUUCAUGCACAAUGUUCACUUUGUAUGUGUAAGGCACAUUUGUUUUGAAAAUGAAUGAAAAAUCCAUAGUUCUCUGCUCUUGAAGGGUAGAUAACUCUAAUGCAGUGAUUCAAAAUGUUAAAUAUUUAUGCGGAAAUGUGUUUUCGAUUAUCGUGCAGGGCAAUCCUGCAGUGAUUAUCGCCCUUUGUGCUUGCCUUGUGAGGUGUGAUGCUAGCAGAUUUUUACAAGUAUGUGAUCGAAAGGAGAGAGUCCAGUGUGUGAACAACUGAAGUGUAUCCGGGCUGAAGUUGGGUGUAUCUGUAAUUCGAGUAAGUGUGUCUGUAAUAAAUGUGUGCGGUGAUGUGUGAAAAAGACAAUAGUAAUUUGUGUAUUCAUGCAAUGCGAAUAAAAAAUCCUCAAAAUGAAUUCACACAUUUAGAAAUUGAUCUUUAUACUGCAGUGGAAUCCUUGCUCAUAUGGGAUUAGUUUGUGAAUGAUGUAUAUACUGUAGCAUUAAUUUACUGGAAACUGUCUUGUAAACAUUGUGUUGAUUACCAGGGCUUGAAGGUGAAUAGCUUCCACUCAGAAAGUGAAUGUAUGUUGAUUCCCUAAACCUGAAGGUGAAUGUUGAUUCCCACAGCGCGAAGGUCAAUGUCUUAAAUGUUGAUUCCCACAGCGUGAAGGUCAAUAUCUUAAAUGUUGAUUACCACAGCGCGAAGGUCAAUGUCUUAAAUGUUGAUUCCCACAGCGUGAAGGUCAAUGUCUUAAAUGUUGAUUACCACAGCGCGAAGGUUAAUGUCUUAAAUGUUGAUUCCCACAGCGUGAAGGUCAAUAUCUUAAAUGUUGAUUCCCAGUGUGAAGGUCAACAUCUUAAAUGUUGAUUCCCACAGCAUGAAGGUCAAUAUCUUAAAUGUUGAUUCCCACAGCGUGAAGGUCAAUAUCUUAAAUGUUGAUUCCCACAGCGUGAAGGUCAAUAUCUUAAAUGUUGAUUCCCACAGCGUGAAGGUCAAUAUCUUAAAUGUUGAUUCCCACAGCGUGAAGGUCAAUAUCUUAAAUGUUGAUUCACAUGCCCUGUAAGUAACAAGGACGUAAAUGAGCAAGGUUUCACUGUAAUAUUUUGAUGUAUUGAAACAAAUGAACAAAAAUUUAAAUUAUACUCUUGUUAAAAAUGGUUUACAUCAUAGCAACAUUAGUGGCUAUGUGUAAUGGAUAUAUAAUGCUGUUAUGCAAUACAUUUCUUGGCUUGCGCCUCGUAAAAGUGUGUUAAAUAUUGUAUAAUCAAUUAUAUUGGCCUAUUGUUAGGUUCUAUUUUAAGUAAUUUGAGACAAAAUGAUUAAAUUAUACAAUACUUGUCAUCAAAAACAAUGAGAGGUUUACAUUAAUUAGAACCACUAAUGAAAUCAUCUUGUGCAAUAGACUGGAAUUUGUAAAUUUUGUAUGCUCAUUGGAAUAAUUUAAUUUUGAAGGUUAUUUUGCAAAAUAUUGUGACACAAAUGAAUUGUAUGAAUGGAAAAGUGUUUGAAAGGCAUUACUGAGGAGAGAAAUAAAAACGAACAAACAUAAAAAUGGA